AUGAAGACCUUCAUCUUUGUGGCUUUCCUAGGAGCUGCUGUAUUUGUCAACAUUGCCUUGACAGUUGCCCUCCCCAUUGAUGAUGAUGACAAGAUUAUUGGGGGUUACACCUGUCCGAAGAAUUCCCUUCCCUACCAGGUGUCCCUGAAUGAUGGCUCCCACUUCUGUGGUGGCUCCCUCAUCACGGAUCAGUGGGUCGUGUCUGCAGCUCACUGCUACAAGCGUCAAUUCCAAGUACAUCUGGGAGAUCACAACAUUGACAUCAUUGAGGGUGGUGAACAAUUCAUUGAUGUAGCCAAGGUCAUCAUUCAUCCUGAAUACACUUCCAUCUAUAAUCAUGACAUCAUGCUGGUUAAACUGAAGAGACCUGCCACCAUUAACUCUCAAGUGUCUACAGUCCCUCUUCCAAAAUCCUGUCCAUCUGCUGGUACUCAGUGCUUGGUGUCUGGCUGGGGCAACACAGUGAGCUUUGGUGGCGUAUACCCUGCCGUCCUUAAGUGCCUGGACGCCCCUGUCCUGUCUGACGCUGCCUGCCACAAAGCCUAUCCCGGCCGCAUCAGUGGCAACGCAUUCUGCCUGGGCUUCCUGGAGGGUGGAAAGGACUCUUGUGAUGGUGACUCUGGUGGCCCUGUGGUCUGCAAUGGAGAGCUCCAGGGUGUGGUCUCCUGGGGCACUGGCUGUGCUCUGAAAGGCAAACCUGGUGUCUACACCAAGGUGUGUAACUACCUGGACUGGAUUCAGGAAAGUAUUGCUGCCAACUGAACACAUCCACCAUCCAUA